AUGCCUCACUCACCCCGUCAAAGCACGUCUGCGGAAGUGCCUGCCGUGACGAGCUAUGGACAGGUGAUCGAGUAUAUCCAAGGUACUCCCUCACAACACAGCACCAUGGCCGCACUCGUCGGUCCCUCGCUCCCCGAGCCUAUUGCUAAUAUGCCCCUUCUCCCAUUCUCAGACUGCCUCUACCUCGCAUCAUACACCCAUCCCCCCGACGAAAACACCCCCUUCCCAUACCCCUCCAAGGCCCAUCGAUCCCCCACCAGGCGCUCCUCCAAAGCUCCUUCGGGCCCCCAGGCGGUGUCGGGCGAGGUGCAGAAGUUACCUCCCUUCUACUUCUCCAUCGACCGACAUCUGCUGUACAACGCAUUCCACGCCGACUUUGGCCCGCUGCACAUCGGACACUUGUACCGAUAUGCCGUGCAGCUUCAUGAUGUGCUUGGGCGUCCAGACAACAAGAAUCGACCGGUGGUGUUCUGGUCCAGUGCGGAUUCCCGAAGUCGUGCAAAUGCCGCUUGCAUCCUUGCCACGUACAUGGUUCUGAUUCAGAACUGGCCACCUCAUCUUGCCCUGGCGCCCAUCUCUCAGAUGGACCCGCCGUGCAUGCCGUUCCGAGAUGCCGGCUACAGUCAAGCCGACUACGCCCUGACGAUUCAAGACGUAGUGUAUGGAGUGUGGAAAGCCAAAGAGGAGGGUCUUGUGUGCCUGAAAGACUUCAGCCUGGAAGAGUACGAACGAUUCGAACGGGUGGACAUGGGAGACUUCAACUGGAUCACGCCAGACUUCCUCGCAUUCGCCUCUCCGCAGCACCAACCCACGCGGGUGAUUCAGCCUCAUGAAGCGGCAUACGCACAACUUCCGCGCUCCAUCUCUGCGCUCAACAGAGACAAGAACCUGCCGAUGCCUUUCAAGAAUGUUCUGGGCCACUUCGCGGAACGCGGCAUUGGACUGGUUGUCCGGCUGAACUCGGAGCUGUAUUCACCCUCUUACUUCACCGCCCUUGGCAUCAAGCAUCUUGACAUGAUCUUCGACGAUGGAACAUGCCCGCCACUCAAUCUUGUUCGAAAGUUCAUCGGCCUCGCUCAAGCCACCAUUGCAAAGCAGCGAGGAAUCGCCGUGCACUGCAAAGCCGGGCUCGGAAGGACGGGAUGCUUGAUUGGUGCAUACCUCAUCUACCAAUAUGGCUUCACCGCAAACGAGGUCAUCGCAUUCAUGCGCUUCAUGCGGCCGGGCAUGGUGGUGGGCCCGCAGCAGCAUUGGCUGCAUCUCAACCAAGGCACUUUCCGGGAGUGGUGGUUCGAGGACACGCUGAAGGAGAAGAUCAUGGCUACCAUGCAGCCGGCGACCCCGACAAGACUGCACAACUCCAGCAACCGAAGACUCGCCAGCAACGGCCAGACCUUCACCCCGCCGCACGGCGACCGUCACGUCAGCAGUCCACGCCGAGCAGCCCUGGGCGAAAUCACCAACAACGAGCACCAAGCCGCGUCCGCCACAACCACAAGCUACACCUCCUCCGACGACCUGAAAGCCAGCAUCGGCGUCGCCGACGAGAACCUCCCGGCCCCAACACCCGGCCAACCACGCAAGACGAACAAGAUCUUCGGGGCGCGCAGAGUCAUGACCGAAAACCAGCAGCCCUUCGACAUCAAGCCCGACACCGAGAUCGUCAGCAUGCAGCGCUCAACCCUCAGCGUCGACCCGAACGACACAACAGAAGACUACGCGCUGCGCAUGCUAGGCCGCAAAGCAAGCCAGUCGCCCGCGAGCCGCAGCGGGAAGCGCAGAGCCAUCAGCUGCACCACGACGACCACGACGACAACGCAAUGGGAUGGCCUGACGUCCGCGGAGAACAGCGAUGCCGAGAACCGCCCGGCGAGCGUCGAGGGUCUCUUGGACGCCGCUAGCCCUUCGAGGACAAAGACGCCCAGUCAGCGGAAGAGCGGCAAUGGUAUCGGCAGUCUGAGCAUUAGCAAGCGCUCGUCGCCUUCACGGCGCAGCACCGAUGGCAAGACGAGUGUGCGCAAGACGAGCGGGCGGGUGGGGAGCGUGGGCGCCUCUGUUGUCCGGCCGCACAAGGCUUCUUAG